UGGAGAAUUUUCAACUUUUCAGUUGCCUCUCAGAUCUCUAACGAACCGGACUUGAAAUCUAAUUGCGAAGAAGAGUUUCUUGUGCUCAUCCCUUGUGCCUUGCGGUGAAUUAAUACAACAUCUUCGCGAUAUCUACAUUUUCCGCUGAGAGAUUCUAUCUUGAUGUAGCUGAAUUUUAGCGACAUUUUCGCUGGUAAAUGCGUGACGAUCGUGUGCAGUAAGACACUUGCAUUGGUGAUAGCGAAUUUCGGGGCCUGAAUUUUGAUGUAAAUGCAAAAUCCGUGGCCAUCAAGCGAUCAAAGGCAGUUUUCCGUGUGAUCUGUUCACGAUCCUCGACUCUUUUCGACUGGAGAAAUAACUCCGCUCUUGGACAUCAUAGAUACGACGACGAGACACCACCGACGGAAAAAUGACUUUCGGCGGAGCCUACGAUGUGGACAAAGACAGUCCCGUCAAGCCGCCGGCACACCGUGGCGAGGACACGGCGUCCAUGAGAGAGAAGGUGAAGCUGUCGCGGAGUGAGACUUGGCGCAUCCUGAAGAACAUCACGACCAUCUCCUUCGCCUUCAUGGUGCAAUUCACGGCGUUCCAGGGCACGGCCAACCUUCAGUCGUCCAUCAACGCCAAGGAUGGCCUGGGCACUGUGUCCCUGAGCGCCAUCUACGCCGCCAUUGUGGUGUCCUGCAUCUUCAUACCCACCCUCGUGAUCCGACGACUCACCGUCAAGUGGACCCUGUGCCUCAGCAUGCUCUGCUACGCGCCCUACAUCGGCUCCCAGUUCUUCCCGCGCUUCUACACCCUCGUGCCGGCGGGCAUCCUGCUGGGCCUGGGCGCGGCGCCCAUGUGGGCCUCCAAGGCGACCUACCUCACGCAGGUGGGACAGGUCUACGCCAAGCUCACGGAUCAGUCCGUCGAGGCCAUCAUCGUGCGCUUCUUCGGCUUCUUCUUCCUCGCCUGGCAAACGGCCGAGCUCUGGGGCAAUCUCAUCUCCAGUCUCGUCCUCUCCAGCGGUGCCCACGGCGGCGGCGGCGGUGACGUGAAUCACACCUACAGCGAGGCCAGUCUCGAGACGUGCGGCGCCAAUUUCUGUGUCGUCGCCACGGCUGACAACACCAACCUCGAGCGGCCGCCGGAGUCGGAGAUCUUCGAGAUCUCCGCAAUCUACCUGAGCUGCAUCGUGGCCGCCGUGAUCAUCAUCGCCCUGUUCCUGGACCCGCUCUCGCGAUAUGGUGAGAAGCGUCGCGGCUCCAUCUCAGCCCAGGAAAUCUCGGUUAUGCAACUCCUGGCCGCCACCUUCAAUCAGCUGCGCAAGCCCAACCAGCAGCUCCUCAUCCCCAUCACAGUCUUCAUCGGCAUGGAGCAGGCCUUCAUUGGCGCUGACUUUACACAGGCCUAUGUCUCCUGCGCAAUUGGCAUCCACCAGAUUGGCUACGUGAUGAUCUGCUUCGGUGUGGUCAAUGCCAUUUGCUCAAUCAUCUUCGGAUCAGUGAUGAAGUACAUCGGCAGGAUACCCAUUAUCAUCCUCGGUAUCAUCACCCAUGGUGCCAUUAUCAUCGUGAAGCUCUUCUGGCGGCCGCAUCCCGAUCACCUGCUCGUCUUCUUCACGCUCGCCGGACUCUGGGGCGUGGGAGAUGCCGUGUGGCAGACACAGAUCAAUGGAAUUUAUGGUGCUCUGUUCAGGAGAAAUAAGGAAGCUGCCUUCUCCAACUACCGCCUCUGGGAGUCUGCUGGCUUCGUGAUUGCCUACGCCUACUCUACCACCCUCUGCGCCCGCAUGAAGCUCUACGUGCUCUUCGCCGUGCUCGUGCUGGGCGUGCUCGGGUGGAUGGUGGUGGAGAUCAGGCACUACCGCAAGGAGAAGCGCCUGCGGAAGCUGGAGGAGCAGGCCAAGAAUCCCACCCCCAUUCCGCCAGUCGUGCCAGAAAUCUCCGAGACGGACGACGAGCACGAUGAGCUCGAGGAGGACAUCAUUGUGACACACUUGUAGACGGUGUGAGAGGAUGAACCAAAAGGCGAAGUCACGCGAGUGCUCAUGUGCACUGCAAUCCCAGAUCAUUAGAGAAGUGAUAGGAAUUGAUAGAGAAUUAAUUCAUAGGGUGCCGUAUUUUAUCAGUAUUACCUGAGAGAAAAUUCAAGAGCAUAUAUAACUAUAAACUGCAUUAGUCACAUUAUAAUAUAAUAAUAUUACCUUAAUUUAGUGACCUUACAAUUAAAUUAAAUUAAUAUAAGCGAUCUUCGCUGUUAGUGUCGCGUCUGCUAAAUUGCGAAUCUCGAGGAGGAUUUCACUGUGAGUCGGAAUAUUAUUGAUUUAGUUCUCUAUUAAGUAGAAUUUCUAUUAAAUAUCACGCACUUGUUCACAUUGGGAGAGACUUUAGUGGAGUUUCAAGUGAAAAUUCCCGAGAAGAUUCUCUCCCGCUUGUAAAAUACAUCUUGAUCUUGGUUGUUGAUGAAGAUUGACCCACAAAAGGGACGAUGAUUAUAUUGCUGUAGAAUAUUUAUGCCUGUUCUAUCAAAUAAAUUACCAAAUAUCAAAUUAA